UUAUGCGUGGAACCCCAAUGGGUCCGCUAUAAAGGGCGAAAAACCCAUCGGUGUUUGGUUUUUUCAAGGGCAACCAACAGAGCGUUAACAUGUCCAGCAUCAGGCCGCAUGCCAUGCUCGUGUUGCUGGCUGCAGUAGCUGCAGUGGACACAGAAGUAACAUAUCUCUUUCAUCAAUGGAAGGUGUCCACGGCACCACCGCGGCUUUCCACGAGGACGCCCCAAACGAUAUUACAGCCGCAAAUUUCAGCACGAAACAAGCCGACUACGAUUCAGGCAAGACCCCCAGCACCAGAAAAUGUUAACGAUAAAGAAGAAACAAUGAUCAUUAAAGAGGGAGACAAAGUCGAAGCAAAUGAGUAUCAAGCGCACGAACAGGAUUUAAAUACAGAAUCAACAACGACAGCUUACGUGCCUGAAACAAGUAUCUUGCAUGACAUUCAGACCACACCAGCAAAACCGACUAACUCUACGACCGGAACCACCAAAUUAAUAGAUCUGGCCACACUCGAACCCAAGGAAAAUGGCGGCUAUCCGUUUGCGAAGCCGGGAAAACACAAGCAUGGUCUCCGGCAUGUGAAGGCGCACGAUGGCUUCCACAACCUGAAGCGCGAGCCUCAAUGGGCGCACUGGAAUGAUAAAUUUAAAUCGACAGCAAAACCUUAGAAUUACAAUUAAUAAAAACACCCUCUAUACGGCUACUGCGGCUCGCAA